UAUGAAAAAUGCAUAUUCAAAGAAAAGUUGGACCGGAACACUCCCUGGAAUAAGUUCAUUACUUCGCCGGUGCUCAGCCACUUCCAUUUCUCAGUACACCAGCGGAGACAUGCGUGCCACGUUCAUCUUUUCGCAACUUUCUCCCCUAAAUCGACAAUCUCACCGCCUUAACUUUAGCCUUUCCUUCGCAUCGGUGACUUGGCCGGUGAAAGAAGAACACGACGACGAAUUCCCAUACUCCGACGUUCCCAACCCUAGCCGGAUAAAUUCGGAGAGGAAGCCGUACGUGACACCAAUGAAGGUUCUGAUUGCAAGGGCGAAGGCAGAGAGGGAAGCUCGAAAGGCACAACCUUGUAGAGUUCUGGAAGAACCUCCCGAUAACGGAUUGCUGGUGCCGGAGCUUGUGGAAGUUGCUCAUCGUGUCUAUCGUGCUCGAGGCUAUCUACUUUCUGGUUUGGGUCAACUCGUCCGAGCCAUUCCUGUCUUACGCUGCGAGCUUUGUAACGAGGUUCACAUUGGUUAUGUUGGUCAUGAGAUUCGAACAUGUACUGGACCAAAAAGUUGGCUGCAGAAUGCAACUCAUGUUUGGAGAAGGGGAGGUGUUCGAGACGUGUUUCGUUUCCCAAAAUGCUUUCAUCUCUAUGAUCGUGUUGGCAAACCAAGGGUUGGGCAUGAUGAGAGGUUUAGUGUUCCUCGUAUCCCUGCCAUAGUUGAACUCUGUAUACAAGCGGGUCUAGAUCUUGAAAAAUAUCCCACAAAGAGGAGGACCAAACCUGUAUAUUGUAUCGAAGGAAGAAUUGCAGAUUUUGAAUCUGUUGUGGAAGAUAAUGAAAUUGAAGGAAAAUACUCUUUUGAAAAUGUCGACCCUUUAAUGGAUUCAUCCUCUAUGUUGAUGAAGCCUGUAGAGAAGAUCCAAAAUCUAGUGGAGAACAAAAUAAGCCAUAUGGAGCAGUUGAGUGACGAAGAAAGGAACAAGUUAAGGGAUUUAAGUAAGCAUACACUGGAUUCAUGGUUUGAGAUGACAUCAGGUGCAAAGAAGAUCAUGGAGAAGUAUUUUGUGAAUGCUUGUGGAUAUUGUCCUGAGGUUCAGGUUGGUCCUAAGGGGCAUAAGUUGAGAAUGUGCAAGGCUUCAAAGCAUCAGUCUCGGAAUGGUUUACAUGCAUGGCAAGAGGCAACAUUAGAUGAUAUUGUGAGUCCAAAUUAUGUCUGGCAUGUUGAGGAUUUGAAUGGACCUGCUCUGAGUAAUAAUUUGAAGAGAUAUUAUGGAAAGGCUCCUGCUGUCGUGGAACUCUGUGUGCAUGCUGGAGCUCCCAUUCCUGAUCAAUAUAGAAGCAUGAUGAGAUUAGACGUGGUUUCCCCAGGACGAGAUGAAGUUGACCUUGUUGCCUGAAAUGCUUUCUUCCCUUUUGAAGAUGGGCCAGAUACAUUCAGUGGACAUUUGGAGUUCUUAUGGAUAAAGUAAUCAACUUUUGGGUUUGAUAAAUCGGAACUUUGGUGUCUUGUACUAGCCUGUAAUUCAUCAGUUACUCAUUCUGCAUAUACUUGUGUUAUCUUCAGAAACGACACUGCAAUUGAAGAAUUUUCACAAGUAUUCUGGUGAUUA